AUGCCAAGGAAAGCAGGUCCUAAGCCUUCAUUCAUUAUUGAAUUAGAUGAUAAAGGAAAUGUUGUUGCAAAGCAUAAGUUAAACAAGCAGGGAUGCCUUGUAAAAGUAGUAAAUCCAAAAGGAAUAACAGUCCGCACUAAAAAUGGGAUAGUUCCUGCAAGAAAUCUACCUGAAAUCAGCUUUGUCAAAGGAGAAAACGCUGAUGUUACAAAAUUGGAACGAAUUGACACUGAAAUUGAUAUUUUUUCAAACGUGAUUAAUGAUAUCUUCCAUAUCAUUGAUGUUCAAAAUUGCGAUGUAUUUCAUCGUAAUCCUGAUUUAACUGAUAACAUUAGGAUGCUCUUUGAUCUAAUUUAG